CUUUGGAAGGGCCAGUUUGAAAUCGAAUCGCGUUGUGUUCACUUCAAAUUUCACAAUGUUUUUUGUACUAUUUUUAUUAACGGCCGUCGCGCUGCUUUACGUCUAUCUCAAAUGGAAUUUCAGCUUCUGGGAUCGCAAAGGAUUUGUUUCCAUUCAAACGGCUAUUCCAUUUGGUGUCUUGGAUUCGGUUCGCAGGAAUAAACGAUCCUUCGGUCUGGCCAUCUAUGAUGCAUAUAAUGCCACGACUGAGCGAUUUGUGGGAAUAUAUCUGACACUGAGACCUGCGCUCCUGGUUCGCGAUGCUCAGCUGGCACAUGAUAUGCUUGUCAAGGACUUUGCCAGCUUCCACGAUCGUGGCAUUUACGUGGAUGAGGUGCAUGAUCCCAUGUCGGCGAGCAUCUUUGCCAUGGAGGGCAGCAAGUGGAGAGCAACUCGCACGAAGCUAACUCCUUCGUUCACCUCUGGCAAACUUAAGGGUAUGUUUCCCACUGCCGAAGAUUGCUCAGAAAAAUUGUUGGCUUAUUUGAAUAAAAAAUUGCCCGACUCCAGCGCUGGUGAAGUUGACAUGAAGAGCGUUAUGGCAAGCUAUGCUAUAGAUAUUGUUGCGUCGACUAUAUUUGGCUUGGAUGUCGAUAGUUUUACUGAUCCUAACAAUGAAUUCCGUCAAAUAAGCAAGGAGGUUAAUUCUCCCACAAUUAAGAAUAUUAUAAGAGGUGCAACCUCCUUCCUAUAUCCUGGUCUGGAGAAGAUUUUCAACCGUUUGGGCUCAGCAAUUGAUGGACAGGAACGUAUGCGUAAACUUGUACAUCGUACGAUCGCCUACAGAGAGGAAAACAAUAUUGUUCGUCGUGACUUGCUGCAACUUUUGUUGCAACUUCGCAAUACGGGCAAGGUGAACAAUGACGAUUCCGUCUGGUCGGCGGAAACAACUGCGGAGUCCCUCAAGAGCAUGUCUAAGGACAACAUCGCUGCACAGCUGUUUCUCUUCUUUGUGGCAGGAUAUGAAACAUCUGCAGCAACAGCAUCAUUCACUCUAUAUGAACUAGCGCAGAAUCCCGAUGUAUUGGCCAAACUGCGUGAAGACAUCAACCAAGCGCUCGAAAGGCACAACGGACAGCUGACCUACGAUUGCAUUCACGACAUGAAGUAUUUGGAACUCUGUGUUAUGGAAACUACUCGUAAAUAUCCUGGUUUGCCGCUGCUCAAUCGUAUUUGCACCAAGGACUAUCCACUGCCGGACAGCAAACUUGUCGUUAAGAAGGGCACACCCAUUAUCAUAUCCCUGCUGGGCAUUCAUCGGGAUAAAGAAUA